AUGGCCACAUGCCCGGCUGCGGUCCGGCUCGCGACCCCGCCCGGCUGCCCGCAGAGUCGCCUGGGCCCGCGUGAGCGUCGCGACCUGCAGCGCGAGAUCCUGGCGGUGCUCGGGCUGCCCGGGCGGCGGCCCCGCGCGCCGCCUGCCGGCGCCGGGCUGCCCGCGUCCGCGCCGCUCUUCAUGCUGGACCUGUACCGCGCCAUGGCCGGCGACGACGACGAGGACGGCGGGGCCCCCGAGCGGCGCCUGGGCCGGGCAGACCUGGUCAUGAGUUUCGUCAACAUGGUGGAGCGGGACCGCGCCCUGGGCCACCAGGAGCCCCACUGGAAGGAGUUCCGCUUUGACCUGACCCAGAUCCCGGCGGGGGAGGCGGUCACAGCCGCGGAGUUCCGGAUUUACAAGCUGCCCAGCACCCACCCGCUCAAUCAGACCCUCCACAUCAGCAUGUUCGAGGUGGUCCCCGAGCAGUCCAACAGGGAGUCUGACUUGUUCUUUUUGGAUCUUCAGACGCUCCGAUCUGGGGACGAGGGCUGGCUGGUGUUGGACGUGACAGCAGCCAGUGACCGCUGGCUCUUGAACCGUAGCAAGGACCUGGGACUCCGGCUCUAUGUGGAAACAGAUGAUGGGCGCAGCGUGGAUCCUAGCCUGGCCGGUCUGCUGGGGCGACAGGCCCCGCGCUCCAAACAGCCUUUCGUGGUCACCUUUUUUAGGGCGAGCCUGGGCCCUGUCCGUGCCCCUCGGGCGGUGAGGCCCCUGAGGAGGAGGCCACCGAAGAGAAGCAACGAGCUGCCGCCCCCGAACAAACUGCCUGGGAUCUUCGAUGACGUCCACGGCUCCCACGGCCGGCAGGUGUGCCGUCGGCACGAGCUCUACGUCAACUUCCAGGACCUGGGCUGGCUGGACUGGGUCAUUGCCCCCCAAGGCUACUCAGCCUAUUACUGUGAAGGGGAGUGCUCCUUCCCACUGGACUCCUGCAUGAACGCCACCAACCACGCCAUCCUGCAGUCCCUGGUGCACCUGAUGAAGCCAGACGCGGUCCCCAAGGCGUGCUGCGCACCCACCAAGCUGAGCGCCACCUCUGUGCUCUACUACGACAGCAGCAACAACGUCAUCCUGCGCAAGCACCGCAACAUGGUGGUCCGGGCCUGUGGCUGCCACUGAGGCCAUGCUGGCCUUGGCGCUGGCCCCCACCCGGACAGCCCUCCACAGGCUGGGACCCCCCAACGCCGUCACAGCUCGGGCAGGGGCGGCCCACAUCCCGCCAGGGCGGUCCUCUCCAGGGCCCCUGGGGUACGUGCCCCUCCCCUGGGGCAUGUGGCAGUCGGUCCCGCCCAACCCUGCUGGGUGAUGCUCGCUGCAGUCAGCACAGAAGUCCCCUUAGAACCUGUCCUUGGCCAUCCCUCGCCCACUGUAUCCAACCGGGGACUGUCCGAGAGCCCCUGGGCCUGAGGCGGGAGGCUGGGCUGUGCCCCGCUCCCGGGGGCCUGCCCCUUCCCAACACAACACUGGGCAUUCCCGGGGCACAGUGAAGGAACACACACCCUCGAUGCAGUGGGUUAGUGGCUCCUAACUUGGCCUUCGGGCAGUCGGCGCAUUAGGAGAGGACCACGGGCCUCCUGCUUCCGGCCGGAGCUGGAGGGGAUGUCUCAUGGCGUGUCUUCCCCUCCCUGGGCCUGCCCUUCUCCUGCCUGGGGAAGAUGUGUGACACCUACGUACCUUGGGGGCAGCCGCGUCCCUCCACCUCUCCAUGUGGAGCUUCGCACUGAGACACAGCGAACUCUUAGCAGAAGCAAGGACAUAGCUGCAGGCCGGCAGACACAGCACAGAUGCCACCAUGGCCUGUCCGCUUGCCCAUGGCCAUCAGACACCCCUGUGGACACUUCUUCCACUGACCUUGGACAGGCCCUGGAGGCGCUCAGCACAGAGCUCCAGGCAGCCGGCAGCUGUUCGGAGUUCAAUGCACUGCUUCCCCCUCCUGCCACACCAAGGACAGCAUGGUGCCCAGGUCGCCUCUGGCCAGCUGUGGGGAGAGGGUGGGCACUGUGUCAGCCAGAGUCCAGGAGGGAAGAACAGGCUGGUCACCCAAGUCUGCGUCACCCUGUGUGCCCAGGAGCCCUGUCCUGUUUCUUGGGGCCUGCGAGCCAAAGGGCCCCUGUCCCAGGGAGUGACAGGCGGCAAUUAGGCUGAGCUGGCUGGGGAAGUUCCGGAAACCACUGUUCUCCUUGGAGCAGCUGCCGGCAGCUGCAGUGUUUAUUGAUUUCUAACUUGCUAAGCCUGUAAUUUACCUGCAGCUGCCCAAACCGUGCAGUACCCUGUCAUUAAAAGCAGGUCCAGGGCCCACCCCAACCCAUGGGCACAGCCCAGGAGGCGCGUCCCAAGGUUGGGCCCUGGGAGCGCAGGUCUGGCAGCAGGAAUGAAGACUGGGCCUCACUGGGACCAGUUGCCUGCCCCUCUGCUUGGACCUGGGAGGGAAGGUGGUGAGCUCCCCAUCAGCCAGGGACUUUGAGCUCAGGCUGGCAGUGAGUGGACAGGCACUGGCCCAAAUGUCAGGAGACCUGUACUCUGGCUCCAACUCAGUCACUGAGCUGCCCUUCCUGAUCCGGGCUGCAGUUUCCUGCCUCUGAGUGGGACAUGCACAGGACUCACAUCUCCAAAGUCCCUUCCAGCCAGAGGAUUCGCCUGCACUGUGGCCUCCCCCUCACAGAGCCGAGACAGGGCCUACGCCCAGCCGCCCUGGGACAUGAAGCCUGCCACUUGUGGCCUAGUGAGUAGCUCUCGGCUCCCAACAUCAAGGGCAGUGGAGGCUUGGAAACCGUUGGCAAAUGUCAAUGUCAGGUGUGUUCGGUGCCUAAGCACAUAACCUCGCAUGGUCAGGGGCCAGGAACGUUUGUGAAAUGAAUGUUUUGGAGAUGCGUGCCCAGCCUGCCCAUCGGAGGUGCGGGACAGGAACAGAAGGAUUGUGGUAUGACUCCCUUUUGCUGCAAAGCCGAAAGCCUGGUGGCCAUGGCCUUCCUGACACUUCUGGUACCUUCAGCUGUCCAGGUGGCCAGCGGAUGACAUCAAAGAGAAGAGGCUUCAGAGAAGGGAGGUGAUUAAGGACACAAAGCCAACGAGGUGGCAAUGGUCGGUCAUCAGGCCAUCUGUUUAUCUGGUUGCCUCUGGCAGUCUGGGUCACUUUCAAGGCUGCACAUAAGAAGCAUAAAGAAGGGCAGUCAGUUCAGGCCCCUGGGGCACACCACUGUCCGCCCACCCCCAGUCACACCCUCACUACCGCAGCGCAGUCCUGGCCCUGAUGCCAGUCAUUGGGCAAAGCCUGAUUCUUUGGGGUCUGCUAUGCAGGGAAGGGGCUGCGAUGCUUCAAGAAAGCCCCUAUAAUUUCACAGGAAAGGAGGCUGUGGCAGGAGAGGUAGGUUCUGCAGCCGGCAGACCAGCUGGCAACCUCUCGCCGACCUGACCGCCCUGUGUCCUCAGGGCUGGCUCCUUCCUCUGUAGAAGGGGCUAUGGGUUCUGCUCUGGCAAGGCCAGCGUGGGGUCAGGUCUGUCCCCAGCACUUGGCACUGGAUCUGCACACCUGUGCUCAAUGAGUAGCAUUAGGGGCAUUUUUUUUUUUUUAAAUGAAUUUGCACUUUUGGGCCUCCCUUGUGUGCCCUCCUAGUAAAACCCACUCUUCCCAGAAUGUGCCCUUGGAGGUGCUGCUGUAUCUACUUCGAAGCUGUGCUUUUCCUAAAAAAUAAAAACUUGGUAAUGUCCUGAGGUGAGGAGACUUGUGCCCUCCCCUCCCUGUGGAGGGAGUUCCAGCUGGCAGUGACCCACCGCAGGGACCCGGGCCUCUGCCGAGGACAUGGCAGCGCCGCACCCGCCCCUCCCAGGGCCCUGCCUGCCAGCACAGCACCCAUCUCGGCUUCAGGAAGCUCCAGGGGAAACUUCCUGGGGUUUCCCUUCUUACUGGGAAGCCCUGACCAAGCAUUUGACCCUCUUUGAAAAAUACAAAAAAGUUUUUCUAAUUUACAGGUGUGUCAGGGACACUCUUGAAAGUAAAAAACAGAAUACAAAUACAGAAUCCCACCAUGUAGAGACAGCCAUUGUGAGUAAUUCCGUCCAGUCUUAUCUCCUUGG